UCUCUCUCUCUCUCUCUCUCUUUCAGUUUUAUAUACAAUAUUUUUAUAUAUGCUACUUUUAUAUUUUGUGAUCAAAUUUUAAAUUAAGAUCGAUAAUCAAAAAGGAAAAUUCACUAAAUAGAUGCGGGUUUUAAUAAGUGUACAUGUGCGCGUGCAUGUAUAUAAGUACAGUAAAGACUUCGAAGAUGAGAAUAAGAAAUUAAAUAUUUGUUUAUUGUUGUUUUGCAUAUUUCUUUGAAAUUAACUUCAAUUUACGUUAAAUUUAUAAAUAACGCUCAUCGAUGAUUAUAUGUUAAAAUCUGACAAUAUUAUUAGAAUGUCUUUUAAUGAUUGAUAACCUUAGAAGUGUUGAUCUAAUAUUACAGAUUUAUUAUGAUGUCGUGUACUAAGCAUCGUCAGUUGUUGAUGGUCUUUUGAAAUGAUAAGAUCGUAAUUGUUUUGAUAUAUACUUCCAAUAUCAUAUGGUAAACGAUACGACAGAAAAUAGAGAGAUUGGCUGUAGCUAAUUUUUACAAAGCAAUAUAGUUGCAUAAUACAACUUGUGGUAUACAAAUACCUGAGGCAAAUAUUGAUAUGAUAUUUUUAAUAAUAUUAUUAAGUAGCGGUUUAAUAUUCGUUGCUGCGGCGACUCCUUUGACCGACAAACAGUUUAUAUUACUGGAUUAUAUAAAACCAGAGCAUUACAACAUCAAGCUUGUACCAUAUAAUCAAGAUACUUUCUAUGGCGAAUGCGACGUCAACAUUAAUAUUCUUCAACCAACGCAUAUUAUAAAUUUAUAUUCAGACAUACGAUGUAUACUAAAUAUAGAGUUAACUGAUAAUCCACCACGAUUUCAGCAAUAUGGCGAAGAAAAAGUCAUUUAUAAACCGAUAAAAUAUUUACGUGACAGUAAGACGCAGAUUGCUGAGUUUUCUUUCAAGAAUGAGUUAUCAUCGGGGCGUUACAUCUUGAAUAUGAAAUUUAUCGGUGUUAUAGCUGAUAACGGAGGCUUCAGAAGAUUUUCUUUAGUGGAAAAUAAAUUUAUCGGUGUUAUAGCUGGUAAUGAAGAAACUUUUACUUUAACGCAAAAUAAAAAUAACAAUGGAGGGUGGAUGGCUGCAACACAUUAUCAGAUAGAUAGUGCCCGACGAUUGUUUCCAUGUUGGGACGAACCGGAAUUAAAAGCAACCUUUGACAUUUCGAUAAUAUAUCCUCGUAAUUACAAAUGGCUUACAAUGGCUUUUUCAAAUAUGCAAACACGAAAAAUAAAAAUACUUGAAAACAAUAUGAUGUCGAUACACUACGAUACUACUCUUGCAAUGUCUACUUCUGUCGUCGGGGCAGUUAUAAUUAAUCGAGCAGAAUUAUUUAUUCUUAAUAUACUUGGAACUGCAACCAACAGAUGGUUGCACAUGUGGAACAGAAAGAUCAUCUCAUAUCUCCUGUUUUAUACACAAGAUAUUGUGGAAAAACUUACGAUGUAUUUGAAAAGCGAAUGGAAAAGAUCACAGAAAAUUUCGAAAAUAGAUCAUGUAGUAAUUCCAGAUUUCUAUGACGAAAACAUGAUGAAUUUAGGGCUUGUUCUAUAUAGGUAG